AUGUGGCGUGCGGAGAGGAGUGUGGGCCAUGUGGAGGGGUUUGGGGAGGGGUAUGCAGAGGGGCGUGCAGAGGGGCGUGCAGAGGGUGGUGAUGGGGGGCGUGCUCAGAAGCAUGCAGAGGGGGAUGCAGAGGGGCAUGUGGAUGGGCAUGUGAAUCGGGAUGUGAAGCUACAUGUGAAGUGGCAUGUGAAUGUGAAGGGGAAUGUGAAGGGGUAUGUGAAGGGGUAUAUGAAGGGGUAUGUGAAGGGGUAUGUGAAGGGGUAUGUGAAGGGUUCUGUGAAGGGGUAUGUGAAGGGGUAUGUGAAGGGGCAUGUGAAGGGGCAUGUGAAGGGGCAUAUGAAGGGGGAUGCAAAGGGGCAUGUGAAGCAGCAUGUGAGUGGGCAUGUGAAGGGGAAUAUGAAGCAGCGUGUGAAGGGACAUGUGAAGGCAGAUGUGAGGGGGAAUGUGAAAGGGGAACUAAAGGAUCAUAUGAAGGGGCAUGUGAAGGGGCAGGGGCAUGUAGAGGGGCAUAUGAAGGGGCAUGUGAAAGGGCAUGUGAAGGGGGGUGUGAAGAGGGGUGUGAAGCAUCUUCCUCCUGACUAG